AUGUCCCUACUCUGGCUUGUGGGGGUAGCAUGCUGUCUCACAGCACAGCCAGAGACCCUGCCUGCCAGUGCAUUGAGUAUUGACUCUGAGAAGGCCAAUGACUUCCUCCACCACUCCCGACCCAAGAGGAACGUGGACCCACGCUGGUACCGAUCCUCUCCAGACUUCCAGUCCUACUACCGCUACUACACAAGCAUCGGCCACACAGAGGGGCUCUAUGAGAUUGACAGGCUCAGGAUGCUGUACCAGCAGAUGCGCCACCUGGAGCAUGUGUACGGCCCCAAUGCCUCCUAUUACCAGAACAAGCUGGGCAUGCCCACCCUGAGGUGUGAUCCAUCGAAGGACAAGAAGUGCCCAGUCCUCCCACCGCCACCCCAGAAAGGCCCCGCUCCACCACCCAUGAAGGGUCCCCCACCACCAGCCCCACAGAAGGUGCUCCAUCCCCCGCCUCCUAUCUCACAUGAUGCUGAUGUGAUCUACCUGUGCAACGCCAAGGACCCCCUGUGCAAGCCCCACAUUGUCUACCUGCCAACCGGUGCCGUUCCAGUGCUUUGUGACCCUCGUUACCACCCGUCCUGCAAACUCCACAAAGUACCCCCUCCCACCUUUCCACCCUUGCCUCCUCCUCCUCCCAAAAAGUCGGAGCCCCUCCCUCCGCCCGCGCCAAUUCGCUACAAGGGCAUGGAGUACGACUGUGACCCCUACUGGGAUCCCGACUGUUUGAUUGACCACCCACCACGGCCAAUCAAAGGCAAGGUUAUGCCACCUCCACCGCCACCACCCCCCGAGGAGGAAGAGGAAGAGCCUGAGGUAGAGGAGCCACCACCGCCAGCACCAGUGGCCAAAAAACACCCGUACCCAUACCACUACCCCUACCCCUACCCCUACCAGCACGAGCUGUACGACCCGUACCUUCACUCCUACCCAGGCCCGGCCCCAGACAAUGAGUAGAGCCUGCCACCACUGAACGGCAAGCAGAAG